UCGGGCAAGCAAGGAUACCCAAGCUCUCAAAGCAACUAACUUUCAGAUCCAAGACGAUGAAGGAAACGAUGUGGAGGACAUACUACGGGAACACUUCAAACAUCAUAUUUAUAACAAAUUCCCCGGGUUAGGCGAAGUUCUUCAGGAUAGACUAACUCAGACAAUGCUUCUUCGGAGGAAACGCAACUUAUACAGAAGGUAUCGCCAGGAAAGCACAACAAUAAAAUCGCAGAAACCAGAAGCCGAGAAACCAGUCUAGCUACCAAAUGCCCAGUCAGCUGCAUCGUCCAAGCACUCCAAGACGCAGAAGAAUAAGCCCAAAGAGCAUAACACGAGGUCGAGAAGAGUCUUGGCAACACCUUCCCAAGUCAAAAGUGCAACAACUCUGGUGCCAGGAAAUUUUCAGAAAGCAGCUGCAAGUCCUUCAGUUGUAUCAGCAAGCAGGACAGUUGCUCUUGGUUCACAUGAAGCUCUAAUAUUCCCCCCUAGCCCAGGGUUGGCCCUCAAAAAGCGCUAUGAGCAACUGAAAAAACAGAUGAAUGUUACAGAACAUGGGGCAAGCUCACUUUCAGAAGGCUUCUCGGAAAAAGAACUGGUGGGUCUUAUAGAUAUUACCUGUCCGUAUUGUCUUCAUGCUCUUCCAGCUCAAAAAGUCUUUGACGAUCGAGAGUGGCAGAACCAUGUGAUCAGCGACUUGGAUGCCUAUAUAUGUCUUUUUGAAGAUUGCGAUCAGCCAGAUGUACUGUACAGCCAUAGUGACGAGUGGCUAAGUCACCUGCAACAACAUCGUCGGUUCUGGCGUUGCGCUUCUCAUCGGGACCUUGACCCGUUUAGAUCCAGUGCCGAGUAUAUUGCUCACAUGCGAGAUGUUCACAACAGCAAGCUCAACGACAAUCAGCUCCGGAUCAUGGCAAAUAGAAACAGUCGUAAGAUACCAAAGAUGUUCCCAUCAUGCCCUCUCUGUGGCCAGGAUGAAGAUGAGGUCGAUGGGCGUCUUGAGGACCACCUGGCCGGGCAUUUGCGCUCCCUUGCCCUCAAGUCACUACCCAGCUACGAAGGCGAAAUUCCAGAAGAUAUCACGAGCGACAACGAUAGCAUUGAUAUAUCGCGACCUCAGAGUAGAAGCACAAUUCGGGACAUGAGGCAAGCGGAAUACGCGCUAUCGAUGGAUAUGCUAUGCUCUGGUGAAUUUUGGGAGCUCUGGAAUCCAGACGUGCCCCAAGAUGUUGGAGUCAAUUUCAUGGGAGAUGCUCAUACUGAACUUGAAAGAGCCAUCCUAUUUUUCGACACUUAUUCUUACAAAGGCCACACUAGCGGUCCCGAGAGUGAUCCUAUUCUCUAGUCUAUGCUGAGCUAAAAACGUACUUCUCUUGAUUUUCGAGAGCGGGUGACGGACGAACUUAACAGGAGCGAUACACCAGCGUCUGGUUCUCGAGCUCUUGCGUUUGAGGAUGGUGCCUCACUUGAAGUUAUUCACAAAAAUAAAAGGUCCCAGAAGGGAAAGCAGACUCAACUGAAUACGAUAAUCGAUGACAGAGAAGUUGUAGUUGUUUCAGAACGACGGGGCGUCUUGUCGGAAGGGAGUGGUUACCUCAUCGUUUCUAUCAAGAGUUUACAGUGUUCAAAAGAGAUACCUGGUACUCUAAUAUGCGCAGCAAGUUACGGAGGCCAGGUCUCAGAAUUCACAUUUCGCGCCAAGAGGCUAGUUUCUGAUAAAGUAAUAAUCCUAGAGGUCCCAUGCGAUAUACCGAAGUUAUUCGAACUAUUAAUAUUGUCAGAGAUAGGAAGAAUAGGACGUGGUCAAAGUAUAAAGUUCCUUGGCCGGGUAGAGCUAGACGUCCGACGGAUCAUAUCGACAGAUUACACCCACAGCGAUGUUCACAAGCUUUUCGAACGAGGACCUGACGGUACAAAUAAUUUACAAACUGGAGAGAUUUCCUUCGAGAUUUCAUGGCAGCUUACAGAUCCACGAGCGUCUGAGACACGAGACCAUGAUCACGGGGACUUGGGUGAGCUGUCAGAGACAAAUCACAUCUAUCUUAGUAGUCAAGUGCCUCGGGUAUCCCAAGCCCUCGACGAUGAUCAAGAAAGUUCAGAGGAUGAGCGAGGUGCAGGACAAAGACCCACCGUGAUAGAGGGAGCACCUAUCAUCGGAGGCCCAUCACGAGAACGAGUUGGUCGAAGAUCGGACAGAAUCUCUGCGCGUUAUAUUCGCCCACGUAGUCCAUCGGUAAGGGCUGGGGACGGGGGACUCGGGGGCAACGUCUCGGCUACCAAUUGCCCACUCGGGGUAUCGCUUCGAGGUGGCCGAUGCCGCCUCCCUCUGCAUCGCCUCUUUCUACACAGCGGAAAGAAAAGCCAGAGUCUGAUCCAUUGCCACGGAGGAAGAAAGGGCAUACCAAGAGAGAUAAGAAGGAGUGGGAGUCCGGUUGAGAUACUUAUGCUAGCUCCUCAAAGACAGGCAGUCUUAAGUGACACCCUUUCUCCAUGAUCUCUGAGCUCUGAGCCAUGAUGCAACAGUUAUAGGUAAAGCCUUAUGUAAGUUAAGGCCACAACGGCUUGUAUGGACUUGGACGAAUCUAUCGAUAUCUUGGUAAGAUAGAUCCAGUCAGCGUAUCAAGAAUAACACC